AUGAACGACCUCAUGACCAAGUCCUUCAUGAGCUACGUCGACCUGAAGAAGGCGGCGAUGAAGGACCUGGAGGCGGGAGGCGACGGGAUCGAGCUCCCGGAGUCAGGCGCCGGCGGCGUCACGGACGAGCGCCUGCGCGGGUUCUUCGAGGAGGCGGAGGCGGUGAAGGCGGAGAUGGCGGCCAUCCGCGACGCGCUCGACCGCCUCCACGCCGCCAACGAGGAGGGCAAGUCCCUGCACCAGGCCGACGCCCUCCGCGCGCACCGCGGCCGCGUCAACGCCGACAUCGUCGCCGUGCUCCGCCGCGCCCGCGACAUCCGCGCCAGGCUCGAGUCCCUGGACCGCGCCAACGCCGCGCAGCGGAGGCUCUCCGCGGGGUGCCGCGAGGGCACGCCGCUGGACCGCACGCGCACCGCCGUCACCGCGGGGCUCCGGAAGAAGCUCAAGGACCUCAUGCUCGACUUCCAGGCGCUGCGCCAGCGGAUGAUGUCCGAGUACAAGGAGACCGUGGAGCGGCGCUACUACACGCUCACGGGGGAGGUCCCCGAGGAGGAGGUGAUCGAGCGCAUCAUCUCCGACGGCCGCGGCGAGGAGCUCCUGGGCGCCGCCGUCGCGGAGCACGGCAAGGGCGCCGUGCUCGCCGCGUUGCACGAGAUCCAGGACCGCCACGACGCGGCGCGCGAGGUGGAGCGCAGCCUCCUGGAGCUCCACCAGGUGUUCCUCGACAUGGCCGUCAUGGUGGAGAUGCAGGGGGAGAAGCUCGACGACAUCGAGAGCCACGUCGCCAACGCCUCCCACUACGUGCAGGGCGGCAACAAGGAGCUGGGCAAGGCCAAGGAGUACCAGCGGAGCAGCCGCAAGUGUCUCUGCAUCGGCAUCAUCAUCCUGCUGCUCCUCGUCCUGCUCGUCAUCGUGCCCAUCGCCACCAGCCUCAGGAGGUCUUGA